AUGUCAAUUAAAGUUGGAAAAAAAUGGCAGAGAGCAUUUGUUCUUAUUAAAAAUGCCGAUAAUAAAAGAGAAGAAGAAAAGAAAGAGGAAGAGAGUCUCAAGUCGGAGUCCCUUAGUUAUUUUUCCGAAAGAAGAAGUCCAGAUGAGACAAGAAAGAUUUCAAAAACAAGCGAUUUUUACCGAAAUCAAAAUCGAUGGAAAAUCGCUUUCAAUCUUUUGCAAAAGCGAAAAGAAGAGAAUGGAAACAUCUCACAGCUUGAGCGGCUAGGCCGUCCGCUAGAUUUCACUGAGACGAGUGGCCAGAGCGAUGUCAAAGUAUUUCCAGAUUUUGUUUUGCUCAAAGGGAGCGAGGAUGUUUUGUCUUUGAUCGAUGAGGAGUUACUUCCCGUGGAGCGCACAGAGGAGCCUAAAAAGUGUUCAAUAGUGACCAUCAACCAUACUAACAAAGGCGAUAUAGGACACUUGAUGAUUCCUCUUCUUCGAGAGGAAGAACAGCCGCUGAUAUGCCGCCAAUACAAUUGUUUUAAAAUUGAAGAUAUAAAAAAUAUUAUGAUCGCAAAAUCCAAGAAGAAGAAAUAUCGAAAAAUCGCGAUGAGCUGCUCGCUAAGUGGGCCGUUUUACCAAUUAGUAGGGAUUCUUCAUUUAAAUAUUACAAUAGAGACGAGAAUGCUCGGAAGACGCGGCACGGAAGCUAUUGAGAAAGAAAUUGAAGAAGUUAUUUGGAAACAUCGAAGCACAAAAUAUAUUCGUCCGAAUUCUACUGUUCAAGAAAAUCUACCUUCUGCAUUGGCAAAUAUGAGCUGUGAAAACUGUCUUGGGAGCGCUUUAGACGAUUGCGCGAGAUGCGGCGGAGACGGCGUCGUUGAAUGUCCACAGUGCGGCGGAAUGGGCGACAUGGCCUGUCAGGACGAAGUCUCGCUUUGUGAUGAUGUCGAGUUUGACAUGGGCGAUGGACACGAGGAGCAGGAGAAUGAAGGAUACGAAAUUGGUACUGAGGUGUCAAAUGGAGUUCAUAUGAAAGAAGCUGAUUGCGGCGAUUGUGAUAAUUGCGGUGGAGACGGAGAAGUUGAGUGCAUGACGUGCGGUGGCGUCCAGGUUCGAUGCAAAAACUGCACUGACGGAGUUUACAAAAAGUUCACAAUAGCUCGCAAAGAGCAUGUUCUUCGAAAAGCGCCAAACAUCUUCAGGGACUAUCCGCCAUUUACAUCUCAACUCACUGGCUGGCUGAGCAACUGCCGUCCCCUCUUUGUGAGCCCGCUUCAAGACCUACCAGAAAGCGAGAACAAACAAAAACUAUUAAAAAUUGUUCAGACAGAACUUAAAAAUGUCAAAAAAGAGUGUGACUUGUCGCCGAGUCGCAAAGUUAUUUUUUCACCGAGCAGCAAACCAACCAUUGAAUGGAUCCCGCUGCAUAUCGUCCAGUAUUCGCAUUCGAAAGAAAGCGGUCUCAUGUUCAUCGGAGGCAGGGAUUGCUCUCUUUACAAAAUAAAGAGAGAAACAUCUAAUAAAUGUUCUCUAAUGUGA